CAAAGGUUGUAUAGGUGAGAAGGGAAGACAGGAGGUCGCGGGCUGGGGGGCGAUGAGGGCGGUUGCUGCUGCUGCUGCUGCUGCUGCUCCUGCCACUGCGGUGGCGGCGGCUGCUGCAAGUGUAAGAAGCAGGGCUUCUCUGCGGCCGAGGCAUUGGGGCUCCCCAUUGCUAAUGCGGCCGCCGCCGCCGCCACCCUGCAGGCCGAUUUGCCACGCCGAUUCCUGGCUGCCAACCACCCCUGCCACCGCCCGGCCUAUCGUGGACAUGUCCUACGCACGCCACUUUCUGGAUUUCCAGGGCUCUUCCAUCCCCAAGUUCAUGCAGAAGCUCGUGGUGAUUCAGCUGGGCUCAAACUUCCGAGAAGCCGUUACCCUUCUUCGGGAUUCCCCGGUGCCCCUCCCAGGGGACGGAGACCUCCUCGUCAGAAACAGAUUUGUUGGCGUUAAUGCAUCUGACAUAAACUACUCAGCUGGUCGGUAUAGCUCUUCAGUUAAGAUCCCAUUUGAUGUAGGUUUUGAAGGUAUCGGUGAGAUAGUAGCCUUGGGCCUCACUGCUAGUGCCAAAUACACAAUUGGCCAAGCUGUGGCUUACAUGACACCUGGUUCUUUUGCUGAAUAUACAGUUGUGCCCGCCAAAUGUGCAAUUCCAGUACCCUCUGUGAAACCUGAGUACCUUACUUUGCUCAUAAGUGGCACUACCGCAUACAUCAGCCUGAAGGAGCUUGGAGAAUUGUCUGAAGGGAAGAAAGUUUUGGUAACAGCCGCAGCUGGAGGAACUGGACAGUUUGCCGUGCAGCUUGCAAAGAAGGCAAAAUGCCAUGUAAUUGGAACUUGCUCCUCUGCUGAAAAGUCUGAUUUUCUGAAGUCUCUUGGCUGUGACCUUCCCAUCAACUAUAAGACUGAGAAUGUUGGUGCUGUGCUUAAAAGGGAGUACCCAGAAGGUGUGGAUGUAGUGUAUGAAUCUGUUGGUGGAGAGAUGUUUGACUUGGCUGUAAAUGCCCUGGCUAUCAAAGGGCGCUUGAUAAUUAUUGGGUUUAUCUCUGGCUACCAAACUCCUACUGGCCUUUCGCCCGUUAAAGCAGGGACUUUGCCAGGCAAACUGCUGAAGAAAUCUGCCAGUGUCCAAGGUUUCUUCCUGAACCAUUACCUUUCUGAAUACCAAAAGGCCAUGGACCACUUGCUCAAGAUGUGUGAAAGUCAAGAACUGGUUUGUGAGGUAGACCUUGGAGACUUGUCUCCAGAGGGCAAGUUUACUGGCUUGGAGUCAGUAUUCCGUGCUGUAGAUUACAUGUACAUGGGAAAAAACAUUGGAAAAAUUGUAGUUGAAUUACCUCACUCUGUCAACAGUAAGCUGUAAAAACAGAACAAUGAUAUAAAUCAAAAGAGAAAGAAAAUGGGCACUUUAUGCCCCAGAAUUACUAAAAACAAUUUAUUUUAGUAGGUAAUGGAUAGAAUAUUUUUUUUAAAAAAGCAAUAAGGUGUUAAUGAACAGGUUGCUCCCCUUUUCUCACUUAAACAAGGAGUUUAAAUAAAAUGUGUCGAUGGCUGAGAA